CCAACCUGUUCCGACGCGCCUGGGAACGUCGGAAGUUGCAUUGCAACCACCCACCCACCACUCUGCAACUGUUUAUCGAACGAAAUCUGAAUGCAGCGCAUUCAGCACUUGCAGCAAACGAGACAGAAGGCAAGGAAGACAUCCCAAUGCCGACCGCCAGCCAAGAAGAGAGGCCUUUACUGGGUUACAAUGGCACAGGUAAGAGCGAUGACCAUGAGGAGAAGCACCGCCGGCGUGUUAUCGCCGUGACCUUUGCCAUGGUUCUUCUGAUGGACCUUGCGGCCUUCUUCUUGGACGCGCCCCAGACGAGCAUCCUGGAAGCCAACAUUUGCAGCCGUUACUACGAAUCAUCCGAGCCAUACAAUUACAACUUCAAUCAAGUCGAAAAAGAUUGCAGAGCUGCACCUGUCCAGGCCGAGCUUGCGACCGUCAACCAGUUACUCAACACCUUCAACCAACUGCCUGGUCUUUUCGUCGCAAUCCCCUUCGGCAUCAUCGCCGACCGUUACGGCCGUCGCCCCUUGUUUUACUUGAUCAUCCUCGGCGCGAUGUUGCAGGAUAUCGUCGCCAAGACUGUCCUCUGGCGGCCCGACCUGUUCGCACCGCGUCUUAUCUGGCUGUCGUCGCUUCCUCAGUUUGUAGGCGGCGGGGACGCCGUCUCUAGCUCCAUGACCUUCUUAGUUGUCGCCGACGUCACUCCGGCAGACCAACGAGCCAAGCUAUUUUUCCUCUUAACCGCCUGCGCACAAGUAGGAGAAAUCGUGGCGACGCCCUUGAGUGCGCUGCUCAUGUCCAUCUGGAACCCUUGGAUCCCGUACCUGCUAUACAGCGUCUUGACCCUUCUCGCGGGCAUGAUUCCUGUUCUCUUUCUGCCGGAGACUUUGUCGCGGUCCGUAUCGCAGUCUGAAACGGAAACGGAAGCGGAAACGGAGUCGGAAACGUCUCCGUACGGCUCGGGGUCCGAUACGGGUGUGAACGAAGGCUUGCCAACCGCUGCGGAUGGGACGGCAAUGACACCCACGCACUAUAGUCCUAUAUCGAAAUUCCGGCCCCUUAUGAAGCACAACAUUAUUGCUGUUCUGUUGGCUUUCUUCGUUUCCGCGUUAGGACGCCGGUCAACGGGCUUUCUCUUGCAAUACAUCCGACAGCGGUUUGAUUGGACAUACGAAAAGGCUAGUGUCUUAAUCACCCUCCGCGCAGUCGUAAACUUCACUCUGCUCCUAGCCGGACUUCCGGCCCUCCAGAAACUUCUCGACCUGCGCAGUUCAAGCACCGCGCAAAGCAAGGACCUCCUCAUCAGCCGCCUUUCCGUCGCCUUCUUCGCCAUCGGCUCGCUGGUUAUUUCGUUGGCUCCGGUUGUGGGCCUGGCCGCCCUGGGCAUCGGCAUCUUCGCACUUGGUUCCGGGUUUCCUCCUGCCGCGCGCAGUCUCGCAACCACCUUUGUCCACCAGGACGAGGCAGGGCUGCUCUACACUGCCCUUGCCAUAACGCAAACAGUGGGUGGACUUGUAGCAGGCCCCUUGCUGGCUCUGUCUUUUCGGUGGAGCCUCAGCCUUGGCCACGAAUGGACUGGCAUUCCAUUUGCCCUGGUGGCCGGCUUGUUUGCGUGUGGGUUUAUUGCGGUUUCCUUUGUACGGUUGUGAUGAGUUAUAUUAGACUUUUAGACAGAUAAGUCAAGGCAGUUUCAUGAGCGACGUUCG